UAUUCAACACGGGGUUUGCAGCUAAGGUUGUUUCGACCAGGCUCUGUGGUAGUCAGGACAGAGACAACGGCGAGUGGUGACAUAUGAACCAGGUAUCUGUUCAAACUCCGGGGCCAUGUCUGAAGCUAGGGGGGGGCGUACCACGUCGCACCGUCUGGCUUCGAGCCAAACAAACACUUAGAGUGCAGUUCUCAGCAUAUGAAUGCCCAAAAUACACGUCUUUUACGAUCAGAGAAAGGUAGAAAAGGAAAGUUGAAACAUGCCAACCAGUCUUUACAAUCUGACCAAAAGCCAGAGAGCUGUAAGAAGCGUCUCUGUAAUCGUCCUCAAAUCGAUAUACGGCGCAUUGUACAAAUCGGGCGCAAUAGAAACACCAUUUCUUUUAUUCAAAAGAAAGACUCCAAUGCUAGCCUUAGCAAUACAACUAUUGUACAACUCGGGGACAACAACAUUGUAUAUGUAUACUUAGGUGACAAACUCCCCAUGAACAUACUGCUAGGAGACACGGUCGUCGUGUACGUCCCCCCUGGGUGUGACGGCAGGCCCCGGGUGUUUGUCUGCGAACAGAGGGGACCUGACAACCAGAUUGUCACCCACUGUCGCCACAAGUCGCCACGGAUCUGUGAACGACAGACAUUUGACAACUUCCGGUCACGACACUGUCACGUGAUCAGAUCUGUCCUGCUGCCAGCUGCUUCCGGCUCCAGUAAGAAAGCUGCGGGCCGUCAUAAGCCUUUGACUCCCGGGGACUGCGAUGUCGUGACCAUCAAGCAUGGUGGCUCUCAUCGGACUCGCACAAGAAGAAGAGUGAAACCUGAUAGCAGGAAGUACCCGCUUCUUCAUCCCAUCGGGGUCAAGGGCACCAGAAAACUGUGAACCCUGUGUAAUGUGUGAACCCAGUGUCCAUUUAAAAUGGACGCAUAUUCCAGUUAGGGAUACCUUGUAAGCCAUAUUGGCUCAAGUCUAAGACAUUUGUACAUUCCCUAGCCAUAACUUGCAAUGUUAGUAUAAAUAUAUUGCACAUGUAUAUUAGCAUAUGUUAUGUACCCAUGUAAGCCAUAUUGGCUAUACCAAUAACAACUGUAAGUAUAUUAUACAUAACACCUUGCAAUGUUAGUAUAUUUUGUACUACCACCUUGUAUAACAUAUACACAUGUAUCUUUAUCAUAUACCAUGUGUUCCUGUAAGCCAUAUUGGCUAUAUCAAUAACAACUGUAAGUAUACUAUACAUAACUUGCAAUGUUAGUAUAUAUUGUCCUGCCUUAUAUAACGUAUACACAUGUAUAUUUAUCAUAUACACUGUGAUCCUGUAAACCAUAUUGGUUGUAUCAGUAACAUCUGUAAGUUUAUUAUACAUAACUUGCAAUGCUAGUAUGUGUAUUGUACGUCUAGAUGACAUACAUACAUAUCCUGUAUAUACUAUGUUCCCUUGUAAGCCAUAAUGGCUGCAAAUAGUAUUAUAUUCAAUCUUAUGAAAGACACACACAUUUCAAUGCUUAAUAUUACACCGUACCACUGUAGUGUGUUACAUCGGUAAGGCACUGAUCUGGAUGUUAACGUCCGCUGUAAUUUAGUCGUAUCGUGAGACAAAAACCUGUAAAAUCAUGAUGAUAUACAGUUUACCUCUGUCAGAUUGAAAGCCUCGUUGUACCACUGUCAGAUUGAAAGUCUCGUUGUACCACGGUCAGAUUGAAAGCCUCGUUGUACCGCUGUCAGAUUGACAGCCUCGUUGUACCACUGUCAGAUUGAAAGCCUCGUUGUAUCACUGUCAGAUUGAAAGUCUCGUUUUACCACGGUCAGAUUGAAAGCCUCAUUGUACCGCUGUCAGUUUGAAAGCCUCGUUGUACCACUUCAGUUGAAAUUUAAGUCACAUAGAGAACAUGUGUGUCACCAUUUGCACAUGUGGCACACAUUUAGACAUUGUGUACAUGAAUAAAAUGUCUAAUGAAUCUA